AAAAUGGCGUCACGGCCAAGGCAGCCACAUGUGGGCGGGAAAAUGCCGCUGCGCCUCUACUCGGCUAUUUUCGGCCUCCGUCGGAAAACAUGCGGAGCAGCAGUAGCAGCGAGCGACGUGGAGCGCGCAGCCGCCGGAGGAGCACCGCGACCCGGGCGAGAUUUCCCCCAGCGUGCGGUCAGGGUGUGGGCGCGGGGAGCGGGCAAGAGAAGCAUGAGAGAGGCCUCCAAGCGCAGGGGCCGAGAUCAUGAACGGGGCCGUGUACAUUUCGUUUUUCCAGGGCCAGCUGGAGUCCGUGCUGGAGCAGGUCGUUCAGCUCGCCGUCCAGGAAAUCAGCAAGUCGGUGGGCUCCAGCCUGAACGCGCUGCUGCUGGAGACGGCCGCCAAGGAGCAGGAAAACCGCCGGCUCCGCACGCAGCUGCAGACCCGGGAGGGCCGGGAGGGCCGGGGCUCCACCUCCCCGGAGGACGGAGGCUCCGCGGCCGUCGGUAGGAGCAGCAAGGCGGGCGACGAGCGCGGCGACGGCGGCAGGACAAAGCCCGAGCCACGCGGCGCCGGAGCGCGAGGCGGCGAGCCCGUGACGUCGGUGGACCCGCGGCGCCUGGAGCAGAGAGGACGGGUCGUAGACCAGCUGAAGUCCGUCAUGGAGCAGGUCCUCGCCUUCGCUCUGCGCGAGCUCACCAAGAUCGUGGAGGCGUCGUUCGACGACCUUCUGCUGGAGAUCACCAAGAUGGAGAAGGAGCAGCAGACGCUGGAGGAGAAGCUGGGGAGGAGCUCCGAGCGCGGGGGGGCAGAGAAGGGGCGAGGAGGGAGGAGGCGGGGCUCCGUCAACGACUCGGUGUCACCCAGCGGGUCCGAGGACACCCGGGAGGAACCGGCCGAGGAGUCCAAGGAGACGCCGCCGCCGCCGGCAGAAGGACCCGAGCGUCCCCCGGACCGCCCCGCCCCCCAGGACUGGGUUCCCAUCCUGGACAAGGUCUUCGGCCAGAAAUGGUGCAGCGAAGUCUGGCCGAUGAAAGGCGAAGGCGGCGACGGCUGCGGCGAUGGGCGGAGCCUGAGUGAGGGGGGGGCUCGCCAUGGAGACCUCGUCUCCUCGGUGAUCCUGCAGCCCUCCCCCUCCUCCCCCCAGCAGGACCCCCGCUGGACUCCUCUGGAGGACAUGGAGGUGUUUUCUCCUGAUGAUCAAGAUGCUGCCGACAGUCAGACUACAGCUGCCGCCGCCGCCUCACCUGUCCCUGGACCCCCCCUCAGCCCUUCAGACUGCCGCUCCUCCGCCUCCAUGCUGCACCGCCUCCUCACGCUGCCGUCUCAGCUGCUGGGCGACGACGACGACGCCGAGGCCAAGGAGACGCUGAUGGCCAUGGCGACCAACGGCGGCAGCGAGCAGCGGGACGACGGCGAGCCGCCCGACCGGGUCCGGCCGGAGGAGGACGAGGAGGACGAGGAGGAGGGAGACAAGGGGAGGAAGACGAAGCGGCGCCGCGUGUGGUCCGAAUGCGAGGAGUGCGGCCGCAGGUUCAGCCGGAUGUCGCUCCUGAAGGCCCACCGCCAGACUCACGCCGGCGAUGCGGGCGGCGCCGACACGUCCUCGUCUCCGCCGGCCGGCGCCGCCUCGCCGCUCCGCUGCUCCGAGUGCGGCAAGAGGUUCUCCUCCAACACGCGGCUCCACAGCCACGUCCGGACCCAGCACCCGGAGAACCGGUCCUGAGACCGACAGCCCAGGGUCCGGCACACGGUACCCCGGUGCUUUUACUCUGAAAGGCAGCAGGAAGUGGGAUCAGGGAGGCCCGUUUUACCUCAGAACCAGAGCGGAGUUCCGGUUCUAACGUGCAAACUGGAUCGGCUUGAACAGAAACCCAGAAGAACCGAGAUCUUCACCAACAGAAGGCAGUUUUUCAUGAAUUUCAACGUUUCUGGGGUUCAGAAGCAAAACAGAAGGAGCGAGUUAAGGGAACCAGAACCAGAACCAGAGGUCCAGACCCAGGGAGACCAGUUACCGAGCUGCAGCUAUUCAUCGUUUGUUGAACCGAAGUCUGUUGCCGGUGGACGCGGCUCGCGGUCCGCCGCCAUUUUUAUCCACUUUUCUGACAAAGUGACAAACUAAAGCGAGGUCCAGAGAGGUUCCCGCCCGGAACCAGAACCACUGGAGGAGGACCGACCUGCAGGUCUGAUCUGAGAUCUGAGCUGAGGUGAAGGUUUCACGGCCGCAGGACUCAGAACUGAACUCGGACCAGAAUCUGACCCAGGAACCAACCGGACCCUUCUUCUUCUUCUUCUUCUGCUCUUCCUGCUAUUCCUUGUGUAAAAUAGUCCUCCAGCUGAACAGGAAGUGAUGUCAGACGCCUCUCCUGCCCCCUGAUGGCAUUUAGUUUGUCUCAUUGGAUCAGAACCUGGAUUCUCUAAGUGCCCUUUUUGUUUGAACCUUGGGGUUCUGGGGGUUCUGUGGGGGGGGGGGGGGACUCUGUCUAUAGUUGAUCCUCUGCUCCCUCGCGCCGCCAUCUUGCUUCAGAUUCUUGAUGUUUACACGCGUUUACCCGACCCGGACCAGACGUACGGAAGCUCGUUACUGCCAGCAGAAGCAGGAAAUCCCAUUUCUGACGUUUCGUUAUUUACGCUGCCGUCGAUAAUCUGAGACCGAGGCAGAAAACUGGACCUGGACGGGAUUCUGGUCGCGUCUUUCUGACAACCUUCAGCUCCCAGGUGUUAGAAAAACGCUUCAUUUAAAUAACAUCCGUCAGAAAUACAGAUAAAAACAAUGAGCCGCUUGAUUUAAAGGCUAAAAGGUUUUAAUCCCCACAGCUGAAUAGAGCGUUUAUAAAAUAUCGCCAACAGGUCAGAGGAUUAUUGUGUAAAAAAAUACAAAUCUAAGCAUAAAUCAGAUUUUUAUUGCUAAGCUCAGAUAUGUUUUAGCACUUAGACUCGUUUUUAACGCUCUUAUUGUUAAUGUAAUGAAAUAUAAAUAAAGAAACGUGCUGAAAAUUUAACUUUAAAAGAAAAUAAGACUGUUUAGUGAUCGCGGCUCGGCAUGCAAUAAAAAAUAAAAUAAUUAAACAAAGUCGUCUUUAAAAAGAGAAAAUGGAAAAAUCAAAAUGAGAAAAGAAAUCUCUCUAAAACCAGCACUUCUGUUAUUAAAUUAACGAUUUAGUUUUUCACGUGAAAACAACAAAACGAAGACAAACGAACAUUUAUUGUAGAUUUAUCGUUUUUAGUCUUUGCUGUUCCACGAAAAUGUCGAUUUAAGCAAAAAUUAUUGACAUUUUGUCCGUUUAAUCCUUCAAAAAUAAUUAAUUUUUUUAAACGGCCAUGAUUUCCAGCUACAGGCGUUCCAUGUUGAUCCUUAGAUGUUCUACCUGACGGCCCAGCGGUGGUUCUGUUCUGGAGUCCAGAGGAAGAUUACCGGGCCGACCCACUGGAUGGUCUCACGGUUCCGUCUCUAGACGCACCGACGCUGUUUUAAUCCUUGGCGGUCGCGCCUCGCCUCGCCGUGAAGCUUCUGGACCCGUUUGGACCGGAACCGUUGCUCGUUCAGUGGCGUUUCUGCAGAUCAGGUCCGUUUCUGGGGGAACUGGUUCCGCCGUCGGCCCGUUUUUCCCGUCUCUGUUCUGGUUUUUGCUUCGCUGACGUCUCGGGUCGGACGGAUUCGUUUGCACUCAGCCUCCACACGUGUUCACAUACCUCAUUUUUUAAAAGUGUUUCUGUGUCCAAACAGACCCGAUUACCUCAGAUGUACAGUUCUGAUGUUUGACUAGAUCAAUGUGGACUUUCUUGGA